UCUAGACGCAACAUGGCAUUACAAGAGAGUAAGAGCCUUACAACCUAAUGGACUUUAAAGGGCAUAUGGAAUGUCACUCCGCUGCUUUAAAAGUUUAGCACAAUUUCUCCACCAGCAAAUCCCAUGAAGAUCAAAAGCAAACGGAUAUUGAUUGGAUUUGUCAGGAGGCGUCCCUCUGUGGAUAAAUAAGUUGAUUAGGGGAGCGGUGAAGGUGUUAAUGGCGUAGGUAAGGGAGUUCAUUGGGGAAACAAGUGAGGGUGCGAUAAGACAAUGGUCUUACCCGGCCACGUCACUUGGCUGCACUAUGGAGGUAUAUAUACAGGCAGCUUCACUGAGAUCAAUAUCAGGACAGAGGUCGUGGACAGCUCUGUGGGAAACUCCAACGUUUUAUUAUUUCCGCUCCAAGCAGUGAGACUAAACCAGAACCAUGUUGGGAUCCAGGGCUUUGCUUUCCAAACAAACACUGGCUGUUUUCUUCCGCCAGCCUGCCUGCUUUGUUCACCAGGGUGACUAUGGCAACUGGGGAAACACCAACGUCGCCGUGGUUUUCUCUGGAUGUGGAUGGUGGGAUGGAACUGACGUCCACGAGGGCGUGUACACCAUGCACCACCUGAGCAGGAAUGGCGCCCGCUUCCAGAUUUUUGCCCCAAAUCAACAGCAGAUGAACGUGAUCGACCACAUGAAGAAGCAGCCAGCUUCUGGGGAGAACAGGAACAUGAUGAUUGAGUCGGCGCGCUUCAGUCACGGGCAGGGAAAGAUGCAGAUGCAGGACCUGUCUUCUCUGGAUGCCAACAACUUUGAUGCCGUCAUCUUCCCUGGAGGCUACGGCAUCACUAAGAAUCUAUCCUCGUUUAUGAAGGAUGGCAAAGACUUUAAGCUGCAUAGUGAUGUGGAAAGGGUGCUGAAGGACUUCCACCGUUCACGGAAACCCAUCGGCCUGGCCAGCAUGUCAUCUGUCCUGGCCUGCCGCGCGCUGCCCAGCAUUGAGGUGACCAUGGGCUAUGAGCGUGACGAAAACACCCGCUGGGGGAACUGGCCCAACACCAACAUGGUGCAGACUGUGAAGGCCAUGGGCGCACGCCACCACGUCCGCGAGCCCUACGAAGCCUAUGUGGACGAGAAGAACAAAGUGGUCAGCACUCCAUCCUUCAUGUGGGAGACAGACUAUCACUAUCACUACAUCUUUGAUGGGAUUGGAAAUAUGGUCAAGCAUGUGAUGCGUUUGUCCACCAAGUGAGGCGCCGUUUUAAAGCCUGGAGAUUAGUGAAUGUUCAGCAUUCACCCACUACUGAGAAGAAGUCUCACCUGAAAUAAUAAAGAUGCUUUAGGAAAAAGAAACAC